AUUGUAUGAGUUGGUCAACAAUGUUGAAAUCAUGUUGGCAGAUGUCAAAUGUCAAUAUUUGUUUUCUUCUGAAGAGGAUCUGGUAGGGGACCAGAAAGGAAGAUGUAUCUGAUUCUGGGUCUGAGACAGCAUCAGAGUCAAUGAUUCCACAAUAUAAAGAAGAUGAGGUAGAUGAAGAUAUGGAUGAAAGAACAGACGACGAGUCGACACAAAUUUAUGACUUCAAAAAAAUGAGAGCCGACAAUUGUCUGAACAUCCAUGAAAACACAGGGGAUGAAAUGAAAGAGAAGCAAGACAAUUGCGAAAGGAAAACGAUAGAUGGUUUUUCCGCUGGUAUCGCGUUCAGCGACGAGAAAAGGUGAAAUAUUCUCCUGGCGGCCAUGACAACGUGAUGGACACCACCAAAACUAGUGAUGCUGACACCAUUCCACCCACCCAAGUCGACCAAUACACUUCUCCUUGCGAACACGACACUGUUGUGGCUGCGACAAACGCUUGUGGUGCUGACACCGUACCAUUCACCCAAGUUCACCAGUGUUCUCCUGGUGGCGAUGACGCUGUUGUGGCUGCGACACAAACAUGUGAUGCCCAGACCUUAUCAUCCUCACCACCCCGCUUUGAGAAAGAAAAUGACCAACCACAAGCAGAAUUGAAACGGUCGUGUGACGUCAAAGUGAUGGAGAGUCCACCUGCUGAAACCAUUUCACCAACGCCAUUGCACCCUUACAAUGAAAGCGCCCAACCUUUGGUGACAUUGGAACGGUCGUGUGACGUAAAAGUAAUGGAAAGUCCGUGUGAUGAAACCAUUUCACCAUCGCCAUUGCACCCUGACAAUAAAAACGCCCCAACACUGGGGACAUUGAAACGGUCGUGUGACGUCAAAGUGAUUGAAAGUCCGUGUGAUGAAACCAUUUCACCAUCGCCAUUGCACCCUGAAAAUGAAAACGCCCCACCACUGGGGAUAUUGAAACGGUCGUGUGACGUCAAAGUGAUUGAAAGUCCGUGUGAUGAAACCAUUCCACCAACGCCAUUGCACCCCGAAAACGAUAACCCCUCGCCCCCGGGGACAUUGAAACGAUCGUGUGACGUCAAAGUGAUGAAAAGCCCGGGCAUUGGAAGUUUAACUCGAAAUGGCUUAACAAAUGUUGAAAGUUCCAAAUGGAAUUUCAUGGAUAUCAAUGUUAACGAAAGCUCCGAGGUACGUCAUUCCGGUGAUAGUAAAAGAAUGUUUAAUGGGAAUAUCAUAUCAGUACCGGAAACUCCCCAAGAAAGUGGAGAAGGAUGUUCAAAACUCCAUACGAACACAGUAGAUGCUCGCCCCACGAACCAGGAUGACUUGCCUUCGGAUGAUUCUUCUGCGCAAACAUCGGAACCGUCUAUUAUUCCAGAAUCACCGGAAGCCGUAAACGAUGAAGAAUCCAAUCUAGGGCGGAGCGGAGAACAAGGGAUCAAAAUUUCCCUAGAUACAAGAUUCCGGGUCUUGGAUUCCGAUGAUGAUGAUGAUGAUGAUGAUGACGUCACCGAUGAUGAAAUAUCCAAUGCCAAAGAUAUUCACGAAGUAUACGAGGCUGAUGGAGCUAGGAAAACACUCACAUAUCAAAUAUCGGAUGACGUACAACCCAAGAAUAUAUUUUUGCCUUCAACCUCCGAGGGUAAAGUUUCCGAUGCAGAGAUGGGAAAGGAGAACGAUAUCAGAGAUGUUGGAGAAACGCCACCGUCCGGAAUAGACACCGUGCUGGAGGAUGAAGAGAACAAUAUCGAGACUCAGGCAUAUGGCUUGAAUUUCAACGUUGCGCAAUUGGAUAAAGAAACUGAGAACGAAACAUCUGAUGAUCUCGUCAUAAAAACGCCACCACUGAACGACCGUUUGAAAGUACCCGGAGCAAUGAACUCUCAGGAUCUGAAUAAAGAAAUAGACGAUGAGCCUACGCAAAAGUAUUAUGGACAAGAGAACGAUGUGUCUAGCGAAUGUUCAGAUAACUUUCCACCACUUUCUGUUUUACUGAAUUCAAAGUCAGACAGCGAUGACGACUUCUCUUUCAGCAAAAACUCGUCACGAAAGAAAACUUUUCCCGCGGAAACUACUCAGAAAUCGAGAUCUCUUCGAAGCAACAAAACUCAAGAAGACAAAACGAACCACGAUGAUGACGUACCUAUAGAUGAGGACAUUGAGGAAUCCUGUGAGUCUCUUGUGGUGAAACGGGGUAGAGGUAGAACAGCUAGAUAUACGACUCGUGCUUCGACUGUGACAAGAAAAUCAAGGAGACGAAAACCAUCAGCCGAUAUUGCUACCGAGAAUCCUAACUGCGAAACGGUGCAAAACACAAAAAGAAUUUUGAGAAAAAGAAAGAAUUCCGACGAAAUUCCGACUGUCGACUCGAAACAGCAAAAAAGGGAUACUUUAAAAAGUCACGUGUCAGAGAAAGAGGGAAAUUCGGGCGCUGAAGAUGAAGAAAGCGACUUGUUUCAGUUGCAGAUUUCAUUGGUUGAAAACGAAGCUGAUCGAAAACGUGAAAUUUCUCAAUACUCCAGUCUUGCGGACACAAAUCAGCGCAACCUGAAAAGAGAUGAUGAUAAAAGUGGUUCUUAUGUCGUGGUGAAACAAUUUUCAGGCAAUUUCUCAAAGAUGAAGUCCAAUGGUCUUGAUCUUGAUGCAGUGUGCGACGAUUCAGGGGGGAAAGGAUCUUCCAAGAAAGCCGAGAAUCGUUCGAGUGGCAAGAAGCGCAAGACUCGAGGGAAUUUUAUUUCCAAUGAUGAAAUUCGUCAACCUCAAAAAAACGACUGUGAUACUCAGAAAACGCAAAAGGGGAAAUACUUAAGGGGAAAACCAACGGAUAAAGAUAAAAACGUUGUCGCAAGCGAUUUAGCUGAAAAUAUAAAUCAUAACGAUGGCUUGGAAGGUAAAAGUGCACAGGAUCAAAAUAAAUUCACUUCGUGUACGGAGAAAAAGCGACGUACAUUGUCAAAAUUUUCUCGCAAAAGUCGAAGAAAAGAAAGCGAGAAAACGAACGAUUCAUUAGACGUUGGCGAAUCAUCAUCGAAAACGUUUGACAAUGAAGAAAACGCGGAGAAUAAAGAUGUUGGCGAAGCAUCAUCGAAAACGUUUGACGAUGAAGAAAACGCGGAGAAUAAAGAUGUUGGCGAAGCAUCAUCGAAAACGUUUGACAAUGAAGAAAACGUGGAGACUAAAGAUGUUGGCGAAGCAUCAUCGAAAACGUUUGACAAUGAAGAAAACGUGAAGAAUAAAGAUGUUGGCGAAGCAUCAUCGAAAACGUUUGACGAUGAAGAAAACGUGGAGACUAAAGAUGUUGGCGAAGCAUCAUCGAAAACGUUUGAAGAUGAGGAAAACGUGGAGAAUAAAGUCAAGACUCGGGAUCCUGUAGAGCUUAAAAAAUUCCCUCGUGAAUCUCGAGUUUCAAAUGACAAUGAUUUGCUUUACGAGAAAAACAAAUUCGAUCAUCUGGAUGUUUUGCCAAGCGGCUUUCCUCGAGUGGAUGCUUUCUCAAAAAGAAGUAAAAAGACGGAAAGUAUUGGUAGAUUUUCUAGGAAAUCGUGUAGAAAAACCGCUGGUCGAGUGAGUAAUGAAGGCACAAUACAGGCGUACGACGAUGAAAAAGGUUUACAGAAAGACGAGGAAAAUAUCAAAAGUAACUUUGUUGAGAAAACCGUCAAGAAUUCAUCACCGCUCGCUAGCGUUACUGCUCAAGCGAAAAAGCGAAAGUCUUCAAAGAAUUCAGUUGACAAUCAACAUGAAACGAAAGGCAAGAGAAAACGUGCGGAAUCUUCAAGGAAAGAAGAUUUGAAAGUGGAUGAUGUCCAAAACUCUAAUGAUGCGAAUGUACCUCAUGUUGAUGUGUCGAACAAUGACCCAACAAAACAAUCAACUCCACCCAAUUCGGCCAGUAAAAGUUUGUCAUCUGUUUCGUCAUCGUCAUCUAGUGGGAAAAUAUCGUCUCGCACAACUCGUCGAUCAACAAAGGCCAAAAACGAGAGUCUUUCAAAGCAAGAUCCAGUAAGAGUUGUAUUCACUGGAAUACACGAUAACGCUUUGACUAAGGCGAAAAAGAUCGUUCAAACACUGCACGGAAAAGUUAUUGACAACAUGGACGACUGUACCCAUUUAGUGACAGAUAAGGUGCGACGAACUGUGAAAUUUUUAUGUGCUGUUUCCCGUGGAAUACCUGUUGUUGACAUGUCUUGGUUGGAUACAUCAAAGAAGUCAAAAUUUUUUGUCGAUUCGCGUGACUUCAUACUCAAGGAUACAGAGGCUGAAAAGAAGUUCAAUUUCUCCAUAGAAAGUUCACUCAAGGUUGCCAAAAGUAAUGGACUUCUUCACGGGUAUCGCUUUUUCAUCACCCCUAAUGUACGACCUCCGCCCGCAGAUAUGAAAGUGAUUAUAUGCAGUGCUUGUGGUGAGGUUGUUGCGAGAUUCCCACCUAAAAAUGAUAACCAAGUGAUAAUCAUUUCGUCUCCGAAUGAUCGACACCUCGCUGAAAAACAUCACGUGAAAUCUGCUUACUCAGCAGAACUUCUCCUCACCGGAAUAUUACGUCAGCAACUUGACUUUGAACAACACAAGCUGGAUUUCAACGCGACGGAUGUAGGAGAAUCUGACUUAAACACUCCCGCAAAAUCAAAAGGACGAAGAAAACGUUGAUAUUUAUGCCUUCAGAUAGGUAUAAAUAAAUAUGUUCGUUGAAUGGACAUGAUUAUUCCUCAGAGUUCACAAUUUGAUGCAAUUAGAAAUCUCUUCAUGUGCACGGUACUUGUAUUAGAAGCACAUCUCCAUCUUUUUAUGUACUCUCAUUGCAAUAUAAAUUGUUUAGAACAUUUUCCCACAUAAUAAUGACGACAUUCACGGUACUAUAGUAGCACAAGCACAUCUCCAUUCUCCAUGUUAUUAUGUACUCUCAUUGCAAUAAAAUUUGUUUGGAACAGUUUCCCACAUACUAA